AUGACAAUCACAACAAUCCGCGCAAAGCCGUCUCUCGGCGACUACACGCCCCUGGAGGAGUACCAGUCUCAAACUCCCCAGAGCUUUGUGAGCGGAAAGCCAAUCCUUCACUAUCAUAUCGAGGGCGCAAAGGCCCAGAUCCCUAAGGCGGAUAGCGGCAGUCUCGCUCUAUUCCCUGCCGACUCGAACCAGAAGCCUGAGAACGACGGCGUUAAUGGCGACGCCGAGAAGUUUGUUGAGCAGACGGUCGAUGUCUUUGUUAGCUCCGAGAACGUCAUCCUCUUCAGCCUCAAGGCAGAAGUUGGCAUCACGAUCCCAUACCCCUCGAUAGGCAUCCACGGCACUCAGAUGGUUGUUGACAUCGCAAGUGGUGAGCGCCAAGAAGCUGUGUGGAUGCAGAUCGAGCUCUCCGAUGGUGGCGCCGACGACGACGAGUUCGACACUGUUUCCCUGACCGUCAUCCCUCCCAAGGCGGAAUCCGGCCCCAGCUCUACCCAGCAGAUGUACUCGGCCAUGUCCAACUGCUCCGACCUUCACCCCGACCCUAACGAUGGAGAGGAUUCUGAGGAGGAUGACGAUCGUAUUGUCUUUGAGAGUGCGGUCGAGCACGAGGCUGUUGAGGGUUUCACCGGCGUUCUGCGGGGAGCUGCAGAUGGCGGUCUCCCUCCUCCUAUGCCUGGAAGUGGUGGAUGGAUCACGGCGGAUAAUGUCCACGAGUACUUUGAUAAGGACGGAAACUGGCUCGGGGAGGAUGCCGAGGAGGAGCUUGGCGAGGGAGCAGGCAGAGUCCGAGUUAGAGACGAGGUCGAGGGAGAUGCCACAGCCGAGAGCCGUCCAGCUGAUGAUUCCGAGAACAAGCGACCACGGGUGGAAUAA